AUGCAACGUCGUCAAAUAAUUUUAACCCGUCAAAAACGAAAUUUCAAAUUUAACGUAAUUGAUUUCCUUUACAAUUUACCACAAUCAUUUUUUAAAACUCAUAACCUAAGCAAAUCAUUUAUUUUUGUAAAUGAUAUUGACUUCAUUCAGAGAGUCAUAAUAGGAAUUAUAGGUGAUAGUAUUAUUGAUGCCCUAAUUCUAAUCAUUGGAUUGUUAUUGAUAAUGUUUAUGGUUCUAAAUGCUCUGAAUAACAUAGGUCACGUAAAUAUACAAUUACAAGAAACUAUACUUAGGUUUGAUCGUAUGCAAGAAUUUCCAUUAAUGCAACAUCAUUAUAAUAUAGUACCACAAGAAUAUAAAACAAACAUUAGUGAUAUUUUUGAAGAGCUAAAAGUAGAACAUCUUAGCUACCACUUUGUAGGAGAGGAUCCUUUGUUGAACGAUAUUUCAUUUUCUGUUAAAAAAGGAGAAAUUGUAUCAAUUAUUGGAAAAAAUGGUACUGGGAAAAGCAUUAUUCGGCAAAUAUUUGAAAAGACAUUAAAACCUGAAUCAGGACAUAUAAGCAUAAAUAAUUUGGACUUUGACGAGAUUUCACUUGAAUACUGGCAUAACUUAACAGGUAUUUUACCACAACAAAUACGCCUUUUUAAUGGAACAUUAUUUAACAAUAUUACUUUAGGAGAUACCUCUGCAACAUCAAAGCAAUUAAAUAUAUUCCUUGAAACUUAUGGAUUCAACCAUUUUUUUGAAGCAUUUCCAAAUGGUUAUAUGACUAUUAUAGGUGAAAAUGGGAUACAAAUUUCUGAAGGACAGUUACAAUUAAUUGGUUUGGCUAGAUCUUUGUGGCAUAACCCUCAACUUUUAUUGCUUGAUGAGCCAAUAGCCAAACUUGAUAAUGAAAUCCAAUAUUUUGUAAUGCAAUUAUUAAAACAACUAUCGUCUGUUAUGGGAAUUAUCAUAUUGACAAAGAGUAUCUCUACAAUUCAAAAUAGUGACAAAAUUUAUAUACUUGAGAAUGGCAAUUUAUCUGAUGCUUCUGACACU